AUGCCUCUUGAAAACCUUGCAUCCUACAUUUCGAAGCACCCAAGACCAGCAGGAAAAUUCACCUAUGGAACUGCGGGUUUCCGCAUGAAGGCUGACAAGUUGGACUAUGUCAACUUCACCGUUGGAAUUUUGGCAUCGUUGAGAUCCAAGUUUCUUGGAGGAAAGACCGUGGGAGUAAUGGUUACUGCCUCUCAUAACCCACCUGCUGAUAAUGGUGUGAAGGUUGUUGAUCCUUUGGGAAGCAUGCUCGAAUCUUCUUGGGAAGUCUAUGCAACCGAAUUGGCCAAUACUGAACCUGGACAAUUGCAAAAGGUUGUACAAGAAUUAUGCGACAAACUUUCGAUUGAUUUGAAAACUCCUUCCAAAAUUUUAAUUGCCCGUGAUUCGAGAGAGUCGAGUCCUCGUUUAUCUGCUGCUACAAUUGACGGUUUUCAAGGAAUUGACAAUACCGAGUACGAAGAUUUUGGUUUACUCACCACUCCACAAUUGCACUACUUGACUCGGACCAAAAACGACCCAAGCUACGGAGAAGCUUCAGAAGAAGGAUACUACAAGAAAAUGGCUUCUGCCUUUCAGGAAAUUGUCAAGAAUGACUUGAGCAUAACUAUAGAUGCUGCUAAUGGAGUGGGAGCACCCAAAGUGACGGAACUCUUUGAAAAAUACUUGAAAAAUGUUCAGUUCCAGUUGGUAAAUGGCGACUAUAAUUCUCCAGACCAAUUGAACUACGACUGCGGUGCUGACUUUGUCAAGACCACCCAAGGACUUCCCAAAAAUGUGGAAAAUCCUCAGCCAAAUAAACUUUAUGCAUCUUUUGAUGGAGAUGCCGACCGGUUGAUCUGCUAUUAUCAAACCGAAACCGGGACAUUUCGCCUUUUAGACGGAGACAAGAUGGCCACCUUGAUUGCGUUGUACUUCCAGACGCUUUUCAAAGACAUUGACAGCGCCAAACUCAAGUUAAAUGUGGGAGUUGUGCAAACCGCCUAUGCGAACGGCUCAUCUACAAAGUAUGUCGAGCAAGUUCUUAAGCUCCCCUUGAGCUGCACAUCUACUGGAGUCAAGCACCUUCAUCACGAAGCCCAGAACUAUGACGUGGGAAUCUACUUUGAAGCCAAUGGACAUGGAACUGUAGUCUUUGACUCGAGGGCCGAAGAACAAAUAUUUGCAUAUUCUCCAGCCAACGAAAAAGAAGCCCGUGCCAUCGAUUCGUUGCAGCAGUUUACAAAGCUCGUCAACCAAGCCGUAGGAGAUGCCAUCUCCGACUUAUUAUGCAUUUUGGCUAUUUUAAGUUCGCUCUCACUCACACCUCAAGACUGGGAUAAAUGCUACGAAGACCUUCCCAACCGCUUAACAAAGGUGGUGGUUCCGGACCGGUCUGUAUUCAAGACCACUGAUGCUGAGCGUCGUUUGGUGGAACCUCAGGGCAUGCAACAAAAAAUUGACGAGAUAGUAGCAGAAUAUGCUUCGGGUCGCUCGUUCGUUCGAGCCUCUGGAACCGAAGAUGCUGUGAGAGUUUAUGCAGAAGCCAGCACCCACGAAGGUGCCGAGGAGCUCUCCAAGCGCAUUGGAGCUUUGGUGGAGUAA